AUGUUAAAGAAUUUAUCACGAGCUGCCGGUUGGUAUUUCAACACUUGUACUACUUUCAACAGAUUUAUUGGUACUGGUUCUGCUAAAAAUAAUAAUAAGAUGGUUAAAUUUUUAACGCAAACAGAGGCAAUAAAUGUUGAUAAAGAUUUAUUUGACAAGUAUAAAUUUAGCGUCGAUCAAUUGAUGGAACUGGCGGGUCAAAGUUGUGCAAUUGCUGUUGCCAAAACUUAUCCAAUGGUUAACAGUACAAAGGCUCGGGUUUUAGUAUGCUGUGGUCCUGGUAAUAAUGGUGGAGAUGGAUUGGUGUGUGCUAGACAUCUAAAGCUAUUUGGAUAUCAUCCUGAGGUCUAUUAUCCCAAGAAAACUACCAAUAAAUUGUAUGAAAAUCUAUUACAUCAAUGCCGAGAGAAUGAUAUUCUUGUUAUAGAUGAUGUUAAGGGUAUAAAAGACACCAAGGAGUACAGUGUGAUUGUGGAUGGGUUGUUUGGAUUCAGCUUCAAGCCUCCAGUCAGGUCUGAGUUUGUUUCUAUUGUUGAUUUAUUGAAGACUACUGCUACACGAAUUUUCAGCAUAGACAUUCCAUCUGGCUGGGAUGUUGAGAGUGGCCCUCCAGAAGAGGGAAUCAAACCAGAUGCUUUAAUUUCACUUACAGCUCCGAAAAUUUGUGCUAAAUUUUUUGAGGGGAAGUUUCAUUAUCUAGGGGGUAGAUUUGUACCCAAAAAACUUGAAGAAGAAUAUAAUUUACAGCUACCGGAGUAUCCUGGUACAGAACUUGUUGUUUUGCUCUGA